AAAACGUGCUGGAAAAUAGUGACAAAACCACGAAGUUUCGAAAAUGGAAAUUUUGAAUCAGUUUUCUCAAUUCUCACCAAAUAUGGAAGCUCAGGGAGCCUCUUCUAUUCCCCAGCCAUCUCAGGAUGCACACGAAAAAGCACGCCAACAAGCUGAAAAUCAGGAAACUGCAAAGAAUGGCAUGAUUUCUCAGAUUCUCGAUCAAGCGGCGAUGCAAAGAUUGAGCAAUCUUGCUGUUGCAAAGCCAGAAAAAGCUCAAAUGGUGGAAGCUGCCUUGAUCAAUAUGGCAAGAAGAGGACAACUAUCUGGAAAAAUGACCGAUGAUGGAUUAAAAGCAUUGAUGGAACGAGUAUCUGCUCAAACUCAGAAAGCCACGUCAGUCAAGUUCGAUCGUCGGCGCAAUGAGCUCGAUUCGGAUGAAGAGCUCGACCUCUAAAUUGCCCAGUUUGCUUUCUUUUUUCAAAUUAACUCGUAUCUGCUUUCAUGGCUUCAAUAAAUUUUCAUU